CACGGUUUACCGAGCAAAUUCUCACGCACAUGUCCACAAUUCGUCGAGAGAAUUCUGACACCGAGACAGUGACAACCGACCGGGGACAAAACGGGGAAUGAAAAUAUGAGGUCUCGGGGUUUCUCCAAUACAGGAUGCAGAAAAGUGGUGCAGAAUUUGUGAAGACCAAGAUGGCUUUCAAAAAAGAUUUAUCAGUGCGUACAUAGGUUAUGGGUUAUAUUGCACAAAACCAUUUGAGAAAGGGAAGUUCCUAUUGGAGUAUAGAGGAAGGUUGUCGGAGGAAGAAAAUACAACAGGGGAAGACGAUGUAAAUGUAUACACCUUCCUGUUCAAAACGAACAACAUUAACUACAGCAUUGAUGCAGCUAACACCGACUGCCUUGCUAAAUGGAUAAAUGACGACAAAAGAGCCAACUGUGUCAUCAAGAAGCUAAUGAUUGAUAGAAGUCCUCACCUCUGUAAAUUUGCGCUAUAAGACUUAAGUGUGGAUGAAGAGUUGAGAUAUGAUUAUGGGACAGCUGGUUUGCCGUGGCGAAAGUUGGAGAAAUUAAGAGAUUCAUCUGUGACACAGACAUUCUCUGCUUCCAGUGCACUGGGCAUGCUUGGGAAUCCUCAAGAUUGCUUUGGAUCAACAGUUCCUGGAGGGAGUUCAGAAUCAUCUUCACUUACCCAUCAGGCUGGACAUGCAUGUAGCUCAUCUGAAAUACAGGCGUACACCACUUUGGAUUAUCCUAUUAGUGAUCCUGAAGUGUCAGAUGAAGCAAGUGACUCAGAUGUCUCCUUCAAACCCUCAGAUGAUGAGGAGACCAAUGAUGAGUUUGUGCCCGAGUCCUCAGAUGAGUUGUCUUCUUCACGACCAGUGAGCCCAAUUUUUUUUCCCAGAAGGAGAAAUCCUAAUGGUGGCGCUGAAACUGAAGGUGCUGGAAGUCAGAGUUCUGUGCAAGCGAGUCGCAACUCACAGCCAACUACAAGUACCCUUCAGGAUGGAGAUGUUUCAUCAAGUGCAGGCAGCUCAAUGGAAAUUCAAGUAUUCACCACUUCCAAUAAUGAUGGUCGUAGUUACGAUAAACCUCAGUACUGUUCGUUUUGUUCAAUGCCCCAGAAGAAACUACCUCGACACUUGAAAACUCCCCAGCAUAAAGAUGAAUCCGAUGUACAGAAAUGGCUUGCAACAGAUGACAAGAAAGAAAAGGACAGACAGUUAUCACUAAUGCGAAACUAUGGUAACUAUCAGCACAACUGUGCAGUUCUAAAAGAAGGAAAAGGUAUCCUCAUUGUUGUUUAUCGGCCAGCUUAUCAGGUUAACCCUCAUGAUUACCUGCCUUGUCAAGAUUGCUACGGCUACUAUGCCAAACAUGACUUGUGGAAGCAUAGGUGUAGCCAGCGAAGAGAAGAAGAAUCGGGUGACAAUGAUAAUAGCAAAACAAAGAAGCGCUUUGGUCUGUGCAAGGCAAGCAGAAUGAUGCUUCCAACAACGCCUGGUGUGUCACAAAGAACACAUGAAAUUCUUACGAGAAUGAACAAUGACAGCAUAGCUCGAAUAGCCAAGUCAGAUCCUCUGAUUAAAAGAUUUGCUGAUAAAUUGACCAUGAAGCACGGCCAUAGUACAGAUCAGGAAACCUACAUCAGACAGCGAGUUAGGGAGAUUUCAAGAUUAGUUAUUGAAUACAGAACAAUAACUGAUAAGAGAAGUGCAGAACUGGAAGACCUUAUCUGCCCUGCUAAUUUCACAGAUGUGACAAGAGCAACUAGAAGCACAGCAGGAUUUAAUGAAGAGACUCAUCUGUAUACCACACCGAGCUUGGCUCUGAAGAUUGGUCACACCCUCAAAGUAUGUGCAGAAAUCCUUAGGGGAGAAGCCCUAAUGAAUGGAGAUGAAGUCUCUGAAAAGCAGUGUAGAAGCUUCAUUUCACUUUACUCCCUACAUUGGGAGGAAAGUGUUAGUCAUCACGCCUUGCGCAGCCUAAAUGAUGCCAAAAGAAAUAACCCUAAACUGCUCCCUCUAACAGAAGAUGUUGUCAAGCUUUCCAAGUAUCUGAAGGAAGAAGUUAAAUCAUCAGAAAAACAGCUGUUGAAAGCAGAUGGCCCAGAAGGUGGAAAAUGUUGGAAGAGGCUUGCUGAAGCACUAUUGGCACAAAUAGUUGUGUUCAAUAGGAAGCGCCCAGGUGAAGUAUCUAAGAUGUCUCUGAACGACUUCAGUAAGUGUUCUAAUGGAGAAGACUGUAUAAUGGAAGGUGCCCUAACUGAAUGGGAAAAAGCGUUGUGCCGGGUGUUGUGGAGGAUAGAGAUCGUAGGGAAACGGUCCAGAACAGUUGCUGUUCUCCUGACAGAAGACAUGAAAAAUGCAUUGACUUCGCUGACAAACAAGCGAGCUGAAGCAUCCAUCUCUGUUGACAACUCGUACUUAUUCGCCCAUUCUGGAGAUGGUCACAUCAGAGCUUGCGAUUGUCUGCGUGAGUAUUCCAUAAAGUGUGGAGCAAAGCAUCCGGAGUACUUAAGAGCUACUCGCUUAAGGAAGCAAAUUGCUACUGUUUCUCAAAUAAUGAAUCUGAAGGAAAACGAGCUUGACGUCUUGGCUAACUUCCUCGGCCAUGAUAUCCGCACCCAUCGCCAAUACUACAGGCUGCCAGAUUCAACACUGCAGAUAGCCAAAGUCUCAAAGGUGCUUAUGAAAAUGGAAAAGGGAGAUUUGCGUGGUCUGGCUGGUAAAAGUCUUGCGGAUGUCGAAGUGGAUCCAAACGAAGAGUACAACACUGAUGCAGAGUCGGAUCAGUCAGAAUCGGAAGGUACAGAUGAUCACGAUGAUUUGCUGCCAUCUAAAGUGAGAAAAGGUAAAGGAGCUGAUGCUGCCAGGACUCAGAAAGUACCUACAAUUAAGAAGCCGUGGAGCAACAAAGAAAAGGCCGCGGUGGCAGAUCAUUUGGGUUUCUUCAUUAGAGCCCGCACUGUUCCAACAAAGGCACCGAUAGUGGCACUUCUAAAGCGAGAACCAGAAGCCUUCGCCGCAAGAACAUGGAGAAAUGUAAAAGAUUUCGUAAGAAAUCAAACAAGGAAAGUUGACCCAAUGGGAUUCAUGAAGCAUUAACAGUCUUUUGUCAUAGACACAAAUUGUCAUUAUACAUGCCAUGAUACAAAGACGCCACUUUUAUUUUAUUUUUACUCUUUAAGAAGAUCUCCCAGUUGUCAUGGAAUAAUUUAAAAUUACUAAGCUACCUAUAGUCCACAGUUGCUCGUGCAAUAAACACCACACUUGGGUUAGGUAGCUUAGUAUUCAACUGUGGACAAUCCAUGUUUGAAUUAAAUACAGUUUGAAAUUUCUCCCCGAAUGUGGGGUUUAUUACACCAGCAACUGUGGACCAUGGGUAGCUUAGUAUUCAAUUGUGGACAAUCCAUGUUUGAAUUAAAUACAGGUUGAAAUUUCUCCCCAAUUGUG